UGCGCGCGGGAUAUUUAACAGACGUAAACAAACCACGGAGAAACAUGGGAGUCUAGCUAGCUAGCUAAUCAAUUGUUGUAGCAACUGUCAUGUAUAUUUGGUCAACUUAACUAUUCAUCUACAGCAGUUAUCAUAUCCUAACCACCCCAUUGAUCACCAGAGACGAGGAAAAUGAGGAGAAGCCUAGCACCAAGCCAGGUUGCCAAAAGGAAGCAUGGAGGAGAUUCGUCCGAGGAUGAGGAUUGGAAUCCAGAAGAAGAUACCAAAAUAAGGAAGGGAGGAAAUGAAAGCAGAGAAAGCUAUAUCUCUCCCUUCAGAAAGCCUUUGACACAGUUGACCAACCAGCCUGUAUGUGUAGACAGCAAUGCACAUGAAGCCUUAAUUCGAAGUAUUCUCUCAAAACCUUUUAAAAUCCCCAUCCCCAAUUACACAGGCUCUCUGGGGAUAAGAGCACUAGGACUGAAGCGUGCGGGGGUACGGAAGUCUCUUCACGACCCAUUUGAAAACGGUGCACUGGUCCUCUAUGAGCCUCCAGUGCUGAGCGCUCAUGAGCUGAUAAAAGCAGAGAAAGAUAAACUGCCUGUACAUGUUGUCGUGGAUCCAGUCCUUGGAAAGGUCCUCAGACCCCAUCAGAGAGAGGGAGUGAAAUUCCUUUGGGACUGUGUGACCGGGAGACGUAUUGCCGACUCGUAUGGCUGCAUCAUGGCUGAUGAGAUGGGGCUGGGGAAAACCCUGCAGUGUAUUGCCCUCAUGUGGACCCUGCUGCGCCAGAGUCCUGAUGCCAAGCCUGAGAUAGACAAGGCCAUUGUUGUUUCACCCUCCAGUUUGGUUCGUAACUGGUACAAUGAGGUGGGAAAGUGGCUGGGCGGACGCAUCACACCGGUGGCCAUCGAUGGUGGAUCCAAGGAGGAGAUAGACAAAAAACUAGUGAACUUCAUGACCCAGCAUGGCUUGAGGGUUCCUACUCCAAUCCUGAUCAUUUCAUACGAGACGUUCCGGCUUCAUGCUGAAGUUCUACACAAAGGAAAAGUGGGACUUGUCAUCUGUGAUGAGGGUCAUCGGCUGAAGAACUCGGACAACCAGACGUACCAGGCUCUGAAUGCUAUGAGUGCCCAGAGGAGGGUGCUUAUCUCAGGCACUCCCAUUCAGAAUGACCUGCUGGAAUACUUCAGUCUGGUGCACUUUGUCAACGCUGGCAUCCUGGGAACAGCCCAGGAGUUUAAGAAGCGUUUUGAGCUCCCCAUCCUGAAGGGUCGUGAUGCAGACGCCAGCGACAAAGACAGGCAGGCUGGAGAGGAGAAACUCAAGGAGCUGAUCAGCAUUGUCAAUGGAUGCUUGAUUCGGAGAACCUCAGACAUCCUCUCAAAGUAUCUUCCUGUUAAGAUCGAGCAGGUCGUCUGUUGCAGGCUGACCCCCCUCCAGUCAGAGCUGUAUAAACUGUUCCUGAGGCAGGCUAAGCCCUUACAGACACUGCAGCAGCAGGGCAAGAUCAGUGUCUCCUCUCUGUCCUCCAUCACCUCUCUCAAGAAGCUCUGUAACCACCCGGCUCUCAUCUAUGAUAAGUGUGUGGAGCGGGAUGAGGGCUUCGAUGGGGCCCUGAAUCUCUUCCCUACAGGAUACUCCACCAAGGCUGUGGAGCCACAGCUUUCUGGUAAAAUGCUGGUUCUGGACUAUAUCCUGGCCAUGACCAGAAGCACCACCAGUGACAAAGUGGUGUUGGUCUCCAACUACACACAAACACUGGACCUCUUUGAGAAGCUCUGUCGAACUCGAAGAUACCUCUACGUUCGGCUUGAUGGCACAAUGUCCAUCAAGAAGAGAGCAAAGAUAGUGGAGAGGUUCAACAGCCCAUCUAGCCCAGAGUUCAUAUUUAUGCUGAGCAGCAAAGCUGGGGGGUGUGGCCUGAAUCUGAUUGGUGCUAAUCGCCUGGUGAUGUUUGACCCUGACUGGAACCCAGCCAAUGACGAGCAGGCUAUGGCUCGAGUCUGGAGAGACGGACAGAAAAAGACCUGCUACAUCUACAGACUGCUUUCAACAGGGACAAUUGAGGAGAAGAUCCUUCAGAGGCAGGCCCAUAAGAAGGCUCUGAGCAGCUGUGUGGUGGACGAAGAGCAGGAUGUGGAGAGACACUUCUCUCUGGGGGAGCUACGAGAACUCUUUCAUCUCAGUGAGGAGACCACCAGUGACACGCAUGACAGGUUCCGCUGUCGGCGCUGUGUGAAUGGGCGACAGGUGCGGCCCCCUCCUGAGGACUCUGAUUGUACCUGUGACCUGUCCCAGUGGCAACACUGCUCUGACAAGAGGGGCCUGAGAGACCCCAUACUGCAGGCCUCCUGGGACGCUGCCAUCUCCUUUGUCUUCCACCAGCGCUCCCACGAGGACCAGAGAGGGGUUGUGUGACAGCCAUGCGGUCUGAGACAACCAGGAGUAAUGGUAUUUGAUGAGAAGGCCUAGCCCUGAACCAAGGACGGCCAACCAGCACAUAAGAGCAACGUUACUGGACAAGAGGGCCCAGGAAAACUGUCUGUGCUGUCUGGAAUCCUUGGGAUGUCCGUACCCUAAACCGCUACCCCUUUUAAAUUUCAAUGUGGUAGGGAUGUCCUAAGGACCCAGGAUUGCACGGACCCUAGGAAAACAGACCUCUUAUGAUGGGAAUACUACUUAUCGUGAUGGCUUCACGGCUGAAUUCCCCCAUACUCUUUAUAAGGGUGUUUAACAGAGUAAUAACCAUAUUGAAGACCGUUUUCUUCUUAUGAAAGACAAUCCUACCUGCAGUUGUCCACACAUCUCUCUUUACAGUCUUUUGGGUUGUACCCACAGUGUAAAUGUUAUUGUUUUCUGUUAAAUCGUAUACUUUUUUCCCUUGAUAAUGAAAAUGUUUUGUAAAGAACUGACAAUUUCACUAAUGUCAGGAUUUAUUGAACCAGGACAAGUGUUCGCAAUUCAACAAACAAGAUAUUAACAAAACAAUUAUUUAAGGGCUGCAGAUGCUGCAUUAAACAUGGCAAUAUGUAAACAAUAACAUAGAUGCUGAGUAAAGGGUAACAAACAAACAUUGGUGAGCUGAACAAUAUAAAGGAAAUGGUGCAUUUUUGUUAUUUUUCACACAAUUAGGAUAAAGUUAAUUAUUAUUUCAUUUGAAAUGCCAAAUAAGGCCACUUAUUAUUAGUUAUUUUUGGCUUCAGGCAUGCAACAGUCUUGACUAGGGUGGUAAAGGAAGGAUAUACUACUGGAUGUAUUUCCAGUUUAUCAGUGAACUACCAGAAUGUUGGAGGAUUCUACAUAAUCUAAUCUAUCAAGACAGCUAGUGGCACUUUUGCGUAUUUAAGACUUGUACAGGUGCAUAAUAACCUCUGGCCCUUUGUGUGGCCUUACCACAUGUAAAAUAUUUUAUAGAGUGACAGUUGUAAAACAUUAUCCUAAAUAUAAACCAUUGGUGUUUAAUAUGAGGGUUUCAGCAUGAAAUAUAUAUUUCUAUAUUUACAGUAUUUCUUGCCAAUGUUUUGGAGUCUAACUGGCGGAAGUUGUUGUGAAGAAAAUCAGUGGGAAGAGUUGCAGAGUUAACUGAAAAUAAUGCCAUUGAUGAUUAGAUGCUUCCCCAUCCCCCAUUAAUUAGGCUAUUUUCUCUUGAACCAUGUGGUCUCUACUAGAAACUCAUGGGCACAUUAAUAUAUAUAUAUCAGCAAAAAAAGAAACGGUCAACUGCGUUUAUUUUCAUCAAACUUAAUGUGUAGAUAUUUGUAUCAACAUAAGAUUCAACAACUGAGGCAAACUGAACAAGUUCCACAGA